AUGCCUAAUAAAGAUGCUAAGAAAGAUCUCAAAUCUUUAUCCCAAAAGUCUAGUAUUAGUGAAUAUUUAUUUGGGGAAGAAAUUGUUACACCGCGAUCAAUAAGUCUUUCUUUGAUUCUACAAGAAGAAAUUCCUGCAUCAAAUGAAUGGAUAUUUUUAACUGUAUUUAAUGGUCAUAUAAUAAUAGAAACCAAAUGGCACAGCAACCAAUGCAUACAAUAUGAAGCUCUAUCAAUAGAUCUGAAUCAGCCAUCUCAUCAGUCGGUGGUCGCUGUAUGUCCAUUAUUUUUUUUGUUACGUCUUGCAGGAGGGAAAGGAUCUAAGGACCAGGAUCCCUUACUCAGCCCCGAUAAUCGUGCUGGAGCCACAGUAGAUUUGUUUCCUUUUGUUUUAAACGAAGACGAAAUACACAUAGACGUUCCAUUUAUUGACAUUAACUCAGGACAUAAAACUCAUUAUUCUAUUGAUGUGACGGCUAAAUGUCCAAAGAAAGCCGGUCAGAACAAAAUCCCCUUAACACUUACAAUGCUUUCCGCGCACUGCUUACCUUCUCCCAGGGAGGGGACAGUUUUUAUAAGCUCCAUAGCUUUAGACAAUAUCCAUGAGCCUCAAGCUGUUCAAUUUGGUAUGUCCCUGAGCAGUGCAAAUGCAACAAAUCUUGUAUGGGCGUCAGGUAGUAAUGCUGGCUUUGCUGCUAACACUGCAUAUGCUGUUCCAAAUGAAGAUAUUUAUAUUCCCGAAGUGUUAGUGAAGCAAGAAACUAACGAGUGCACUUCAUUUUAUUGGAAUUCUGUCACACGUGUCCUUGUGAAUGCAGACAGUCUGCGAGAAAGAUUAACUGCUCCAUUUGUGGUAGAAGUUGCCGGAGUUCCUCGAUUUGGAAAGAUUGAUGUGAGGGGACGAUACAUGGCAUUUGUUGAUGGAGGAGUGCUAUUGGAAGCUGGACAAUAUGGAGUAACCGUUUGCGCUAAACUAUCUCAUUACAAUGAAGCUAACUUACCCGAAGGUGUGGACGCUCUUCUAGAUUUACCUCCUACUAGUGCCAAAACCAGUGUUCGUGAAACAGACUUGCUAACAGACGAAUAUGGCCAUAGUGCUUAUAUCGUUUUAAGAUUCGAUUUAUACGAACCAUUAAUUUCUAAAUCUAAAAUAGCUACACUUUUUGAGGAGUUGGGUUUUAAUGUUCCCUCCGGCCACAUCGCUCCGAUGGAUGAAUUACGAGCUGAUCAAACGCCUGAGGAUCCUGCGUUAGAUGUACGACGUAUAAGAACUGAAGGCGGGGCAUUAUCAGUGCACAAGGAAUUAAGUGGAUUAGCUUGCAGAGGCACUGUCCAAAUGAAUCAAAGUAUUAAAAGGACUGCGGCAAACAAGUUACUAUUACGUACGAGAUCGUUACUAAAGCAAUUUCCUCCAGAUAAUUGUUCGUAUCUGGAGUGGCAAGAUACUGUCACCGCUCAGCACGCUGCCUGUCGUCGGGCUGUGACAGCUUCGUUCGCUCCCCAACCACCUCCGCCUCACACUACGUCAAGAAUUGCGGCAGCGAGGAGUCGAUUGACUGGGAAUAUGAAAAUAUCGAAUGCACAUAUACAAAAUAAUCUCAUCGCUGCACCUCACCAUCCCAGAGUGUUACUUUCAAUGGCCUUGCGUUGUCUCGAACAAGGGAAAGAUUCUGAAGCGCACCAUUAUAUUGUAAAAGGGUUGAAGGCACAAGCUAGGAAUAGAUACUUAUUAUGGACAUUUGGAGGGAUGGAGUACAACAAACAAGAUUCAUAUGAAAAAGUCAACGCAGCAUUCCGUAUCGCUGUGAAAGGAGAUAGCUCAGAUGGUAUAACGGGAGUGGUUGGUUGGGCAGCAUUGCACGCUUUUUAUCAUCACAACCACAAUAUUUAUUCUGCCUUUGUGUCUGCUCGGAAAAUGAGAAAGUCUUUUGAAUUGAGAAGUGAUUGGAAAAAAUGGUUACAGCGAUGGAUAGAUACAAGUGGAGAGGAGGAAAUAUUUUGGAUUCCUUCAAGUUUGGACACUAAAAACCCGUUUGUAAUUGCAUCUGCGUUUUUACUUUGCUUAAGAUGUUAUAGCUUCAGUGAAAGGCUCUUAAAAUGUGCUGAAGAUGGGUGCGCUACUCGAGGAUCUCGAUUUGGUUCGCAAACAGUGCCUCCUGUAGACAUUUUUUAUUUGAGAUCUUCUUCCUGUUUAUUACAGCGUCAGUUAGACAAAGCGCUAGAAUUAACAAACCAGGGCAUUAAAAGGUUCGGGCCUUCCGCUAUGAUGUCUCAAAUGCGUGCAAUUUGCCUGACAUGUCUCAAUGGAUGGGACGGUGAAUGUGAGAGUGCGCUUGUUGAAGCUGACAAUCAAGGCGCUGCGCCAUGCCCUCUGUUAUUAUUACAGGCUGCAUUAGGCGGAAUGAAUAACGAUCCUACAACUGCCUUGCAACGUGCCGCGAGAGCUCAUAAGACUGCGCCGUCAGCGCAAUCUGCUCUUGUCAUUGCUCGUAUAUACAUGAAGAUGGACGAAGAUAGCUUAGCUGAGCGUUGGGCGGCUGCAGCGGUGAAGGUGGAACCAUUACUCGCUGAUGGCUGGGCAGUACUAGCUCUUUUAGCAAUGCACAGCCAAGAUAUUGAUAAAGCCAGGGCGAUGAUGCGAACCGUGAAACAGGCUGGCCCUAUCAGCUCCGACAUUAACGACAAAUUAGUAAAAUUAAUGAAGAUCCUGAAUGUUGAAACACUUCCAGACGCUUUGGUGAAAAAUAUUUGUUUUUGCAAUUACUAUUGA